AUGAAAGUAGAAAAGAUUAAAGAAAUAAAAGCACCCGGAGAUGGAAUACUUUCGGUAUCUUUCCAACCUCAUCCAAUCGGUGAAAAAUGGGAUAAAGAGAGAGUUGCUAUUUGUGGUGAGAAGGGGGUUCACAUUUGGUUAUUUGAAUAUAAUGGAAAACACAAAAAAUUAGCAUUUAUUGAAAGUUCAACAUCUGCUUUAAUUAAGAUGUGUAGAUGGAGUCAAGAUGGAAAGUAUCUUGCAAUUGUGGAUAUGGAACAAAUCGCAAUUUAUUAUAAAGGAUCUGGGUGUUGCUCAGGAACUCCCAGGAAUUUGAAUGUGGGCGGAUUUGAAACUGAGGGAGAAGAUAAAGAAUUAAAUGAAUUAUUUGAGAACUGGACAGUAUAUGUAACAUUUUCAAGUAGUGAUGUGAAUGAGUGUGCAGAUAUCUGUUGGCUUAAAGGGUCAAGGGUAUUAGUGAAUGGAACUAUUUCUGGACACUUAAUUGUUUAUAAUAUGGAAGAAAGAUGCCAAUCAUCUAAUCUAUUCAUUAGAGAUAUUGUUGAAACGGGAAUGCGUAACAGAAAUAUGCCUAUUUUACAUACUGAAAUUGGGCAUGUAAGUGGACUUUGUUCAGACGCUAGAGGGUUCUUUUUGGCAUCCCAAAUGAGUAGUCGCAGAUUGCUUAUUUUUAAUGUUGAGUAUAAUAAAGAAAAUGGAAAGGAAACUUUAACAAAACGGAACUGUAUUACAUUAUCUUUUUUAAUAGAAGAAGAAAGAUUAAUCAUUAACUCCCCUUGUAUAUUAACAUUUAUUAGAAGGCCAGUUUUCGAUCCAUUAACGUGUUUGAUUGGUUGCCCAUAUGGAGAAGUUGGUACAUCAUAUUUUUCUUGUUUGUUUCCAUUUAGAGAUAUAUCAGAUACCAAACCAUUUGGAUGGGAAGAACUUUGUAAGCUUUUGAAUUAUGAAUUGGAAGGAGGGGAGAGUAUUAAAUCUGAUAUUUGGAAUUUACAUAACGAAGGAAAAACAAGUAUUAAAGGUAAAUUGGAACUUCCAGAAGCCUAUAGAUUAAGAGGUCAUCAAAGAAGGGUAAGAAUAUUCCAAUUUUCGUCAACAGUUAUUAAAGAAAAGGAUGAGAUAUUUUCCCUAUGCGCUCAAAGUUCUCAGGACGGUUCUUUAAGCUUUUGGAAGGUUAUUUAUGACUUGAAAUCUAAAUCGAAGAUUAAGUCAAUAGAAUGUUUUUUGGUUUUGACUAACUUUAUGGACGAGCAAGCCAGUGUUACGGAUAUUUCAUUUAAUAAUUUUAAUAACUCAGUAUUAAUAGGAUCUGAUGAUAACAAAUUAACGUUAAUAUCUUUUGAAUUUGAAGAGUUUUCACUUGCUAAAACUUCUUCAAAAGAUUCUUCAGAGUUUUACUAUUCAAACUGGAACUAUUGGAACUUUGAAUUUAUACCUGAAAAACCUAGUUUACAAAGUAUGGAGAUAAAAUCAUCAGGAGAACCUAAUUUAUUCUCAAAGCAUCUUUCUUUACCUGUAAUCACAGCAAAUGAAAUUAGAGAACAUCAAGAACGAACACAAGAAGCUGUUAUUGGUAGUAAAGGAACAAAGAUCAGGAGAAUACAACCAUUGAACCUUACAGAGAUGUACGUCAAUAAAUCUGAUGGGAAAAAUGAAAUUAAUGAUAAUGCAGUUUCAAGUAAUAUUUCUAUUACACAAGAAGAUCAAAUAAUUGGUAAAAAUAUUAAUCAAAAUCAAGGUACUAGUAAGAAAUUCAAGAAAAAUCAGGAAAUUAAAGAAAAUAAUACAAAUGAAAUUAAAGUAGCUUCCAACGAUCAAAACAGAGACAUUGAUGGUCAAUUUGAAAAGAAUUCUGAAAAUCAGAAUAUAAUUCAUUCUUCUAUCAAAGAAAAUAACACUCAAAUGAAUUUUCAUCUUCCUGAACACCAAAAUAAUCAAUUUAUUAAAGAAUGGAGAGAUAGCGUAAUCAUUCCACCAAGAUUGGCUAUUGAAACAAAUAUUAUAAUGAAUCAAAAAAACUAUAAAAUGGCAGUUUUUGCUGAUAAUAGACAAAUUAUUGAAAAUAUUAAUAGAAAUAGAUAUUCUUCGACUGAAAUCAUUUGUAUGAGACAAGAAACCUUGCAAGAAAAUGAAAUUUCAAAUGUUUCAAAAGAAAUGUUAUGGUACAAACCCAUAAGUAACAAUAAUGUAGUAACUCACAUGAUUCGCAUUAAAGACAUUUUAUUGGUAAUAUAUUCUGAUAUUUUAGAAAGAAAAGAUAUUAUUGCAAGCUCUAAUUUGGAAUUUUUAAAUUUUAACACAGGGUCUACUUUAAUUGGGGUUAUAUCUUUACCUUUUGUAUUAAAAGUUGUAUUAAGUGAGUCCUUGGAUAUGAUCUUACUCGUUACAAUCAAUGGUAAGAUCAAAAUUUUUCAAAUUCAUGGUUCUUUAAAUGAUUAUGAAUCUUCUCCAUCUUUUUUGCCAAAUACUUCUACUUGUUUUUCUUCAGGAUUUAGUAUUAAUUGGGUUUUAGAUGCAGAUUGGUCAUUUCUGAGCAGUCACAAGCUCUCCAGAGUAGAUUUCUAUUCAAGUCACAAGGUUAAUCAGCUUAAAGAAAAAACUGACGAUCCCAUUAUAAUACUUUACUUUGACGAUGGAAAGACAUUUUCUUACUCGUUCAACAUCUCAAGUUUUGUCAGAAUUGAUGAUUUAGAGCAUUGUAGAUCAGACUUCUGGUCAAUGGUUUUCCCAAAAACUUAUAUGCAAAUCUUACAAAAAAGUCAUCAUCACUUUCAAAAAGCUAAAUUGUUAGAGUUAGUCUCUGAGGCUGUUUCAGCUGAACAUCCAAAAUCAGAGAUUGAAAUUAGUAGUGUCUGUUUAGACCCAAGAGGAUGGUUUGAUACCGAUUCAAAGUUUCAGGUCCAGGAAUGUUUUUUUUUAAGGGAAAUCCAACAAAAUUCUCGUCAAAUAUUACUUAAUCAUCAACACUCUCAAAAAGUUAACCAUUUAAUCCAACAGAAAAUGCAAUCUAUUUUUGAGAAUAUUUUGAGUACUUCUUUGUUUGAUGAUUAUAAUGAAGAAGAUGAACCAGAAAAUUCCUAUCAGGAUAAAAUGGAUGAUUCCAGUCACUUUCAGAAACCACAAUUCGAAGUAGAAACUAAAGCUACACAGGAUAAUUCUCACAUAAUUAAAAGUUCAUCUAAGGACCAUAACUUUGACGAAAAAAGUAAGGCUAAAGUAAUUAACGAGGAUUUGAAUGGAAAUGUUCCUCAUACAAAGAUGCAUAUUGAACACCAACUAGUAUCUAGCAUUAUAGUCAAGUCAAGAAGUGAGUUUAAGUAUUGGUUUAAAAUAUAUAUCAAAUUUUUACUAGAUUCUUUUGAUCAAGAAUGUAUUAAAGAAGUCACCAAUAGAGCGUUGUCUCUAGUAAAAGAAAGCAUUUUAACUAACAAGAAUCAGAAUCAAUUACAGGGACAAAAUCACGGUCAAAACCAGUCUAAUAGAGGACUUGUCGCCCCCACUUGGUUUAAUCUAACAAUGUUGGAAUCUAUAGAUGUUGAUCCUGCACGGAUUCUUAUUGACGACAUUAUUUCCGGAAUAAAUGAUUUCAUAAGCCUUUUGAAGAACUCCAAAGGUACUUUACAGAGAGUGUUUUCAAGAGGGGUUAAAUCUCAAGUAAGCAUUGAGCAAUUUCUAUGUGAGCUGGAAAACAUCAAGGAAAAAAUAGCAAGUCAAGUAAAAUCUAUACAAGAGGAAUUCGAGACAUACAAGAACAUUAUGUUGAAUAAUUCUCAAUGUUUAAAUUCUUCUCAGAAUUCAGACAUCAAUUAUUCGUCACGUCUUGGCUUUUUGAACUCUAUAUUUUCUUGA